AUGCAGCCUUCGGAACAUGGACAACACGGCUUCGGCACGCUCGCUGUACACGCUGGGUCUCCCCAUGACCCUACUACUGGUGCUGUGAUCGAGCCUAUCUCUCUUUCAACGACAUAUGCUCAGACUGCCGUCGGUCACCCUGUUGGCGCAUACGAAUACACUCGCAGCUCAAACCCCAACCGUGACAACUUCGAGAACUGCAUUGCAGCUCUCGAGAAGGCCAAGUACGCUCUGGCUUUCAGCUCUGGAUCUGCAACCACAGCCGUCAUCCUCCAGUCUCUUGCUACUGGCUCUCACGUUGUCAGUGUUUCUGAUGUUUACGGUGGCACCCACCGUUACUUCACCAAGGUCGCUAAGGCCCACGGUGUCCAUGUCACAUUCACCCCUAGCAUCGAGUUGGAUGUUGAGGCUUUGAUAAAGCCCGAGACCAAGCUCGUUUGGAUCGAGACACCAUCAAACCCUACUCUUUCUCUGGUUGACAUUUCUGCUGUUGCUGCUGUUGCCCACAAGCACGGUAUUCUCGUCGUUGUUGACAACACAUUCAUGAGUCCUUACAUUCAGAACCCUCUCGAGCACGGCGCAGACAUCGUGGUGCACAGUGUUACCAAGUACAUCAACGGCCACAGCGAUGUCCUCAUGGGUGUUGCAGCCUUCAACAGCGACGACCUCAAGGAGCGCCUCGGUUUCCUUCAAAACGCCAUCGGUGCCGUUCCCGGAGCAUUCGACUGCUGGCUUGCACACCGUGGUGUCAAGACUCUGCACCUCCGUGCCCGCGAGGCCAGCCGCAACGGCAAGAUGGUCGCCGAAGCUCUGGCUGCAUCUCCUUACGUGCGUGCUGUCAACUACCCUGGUUUGGACUCUCACCCUCAGCGUAAGAUUGCUCUCAAGCAACACAGAGACGGUCUUGGUGGUGGCAUGCUUUCUUUCCGUAUUCAAGGCGGCAAGUCUGCUGCUGAGCGUUUCUGCGCAGCAACCAAGAUCUUCACUCUGGCUGAGAGUCUUGGUGGUGUUGAGAGUUUGGUCGAGCUCCCUGCUAGUAUGACACAUAUGGGUAUUCCCAAAGAACAAAGAGAAGCUGCUGGUGUGUUUGAUGAUUUGGUCAGAAUCAGCUGUGGUGUUGAGGAGGGUGAGGAUCUGGUCAAGGAUGUCAUGGCAGCUCUGGAGAAGGUUGCAGGAGAGACCAACGGCGUUAAUGGGCACGGUAGUGCUUAG